AUGGCGGAACGGCGCACGCGAAUGUCAUCAGCCGCCUCAGUAAAAGACCUUGCUAUCUGGGCCAUUCAUGCUAAGCACCCCCUUGCACUCCCACACCAAGAAUCUGCCUACUCUCUGAAAAUUUUGAAUGAAUUUUUUGAUGAUAUGUCAACUAAGCUCAUCCAUGGAGGUGUGAGAUAUCUACAAAAAGCCAUAAUGGGCCUUGAUAUUGAGCAGUAUAGGAUGGUAAAGGAGGCCCUGCAUGAAAGAGCAAAUCUCCUUGACAUUGCUCCCCAUCUUUCCUAUCCACUGCCCAUUAUGUUGCCAGUUUACAAAUGGUGGCAGCUCCCAUACUUCUGGGUUGGUAUCAAAAUGUAUGACUUGGUAGCAGGGAAAAAAUGUAUAAAAAGUUCCUAUGCCAUCAGCAAGGAGCGAGCUCUGGAGCUCUUCCCAAUGCUGAAGAAGGACAAGCUUGUUGGUGCUAUUGUAUAUUAUGAUGGGCAGCAUAAUGAUGCCCGAAUGAACCUCUCCAUUGCCCUAACUGCCACCAGGCUUGGUGCUACUAUUGCCAAUCACACAAGAGUGGUGGAACUCCUCAGGGAAAAAGGAGAAGAUGGGAAGGAGCAGCUGUGUGGUGCCAAGGUUAAGGAUGAGAUAACUGGUCGUGAAAUCACAGUGAAAGCCAAGUGUAUAAUCAAUGCCACAGGACCCUUCACUGACACCAUUCGUAAGUUGGACAAUCAGGCCACAAAGGAGAUCUGUGCACCAAGUAUGGGUGUCCACAUCACCCUCCCUGACUACUAUUCCCCAGAGCAGAUGGGGCUGCUUGACCCAAACACAUCUGAUGGCAGAGUGAUUUUCUUCUUACCCUGGGAAGGUCGGACCAUUGCUGGAACGACCGACACCUCCUGUUCAGUCACACAUAAGCCUGCACCAACAGAAGAUGACAUCCAGUUUAUUCUUCAAGAAGUUAAGAACUAUCUAAAUCCAGAUGUUGAGGUAAGUAGCAUUUGUUUCUUUGUACUUACAUUCUUUAAAGACAUACUGUCAGAAAGUAACCCCCUUGGGAUUAUAUUUAAUAGGCAUCAUAAUAACACAGACAUGCAUACAUGCCUGUCUUAUGGUUUUGAUUCUCUCUCUGUCUCUAUUAAGAAAGCUAGGAGCCAGAUACAGAUAAUAGCCAUGGGAAACCUACUAGAGUUUCCCAAGGGCCCCCAUUCACGAAUGGGGGGGCAGGGACCGCGGCAGCCAGGCCUGGGAACUGAUAUCCGAUACGUGCGGUGCGGCUCCUGCCCAAAGCUGUCUUCCCAGAUACCAGAGCCUCCUUCGGACACCCCUGGAAGCCUAUCUUUACGUGGGCGGAGACAGAACGGGUCGCUGACGACUAAUAAUGUACUCUCAUACUUGGAGAAAUGUGCUAAAAAUGAACUUCCAUAUCCUAGACUGCUGGUGAACUCGCCUCCCAGUUUCUCGUACUUGGAGAAAUAUAAUCUGGCCAAGGUGUACUACACGAUACUACUGACCAAGAUGUACUUCACGAUACUACUGGCCAAGGUGUACUUCACGGAUGUACUAACCUCCCCUCGCUUCUCAUCCUCGGAGAAAUGUACUAAAAAUGUACUUCCUUAUCCCGCACUCUUCGUCUGUUAA